AUGGGAAAGAGGGGAAAGGGAGGCGUUGGUGGUUGCAUGGCUGGUUUCGUGGAUGUUUGGUGUGACUGGGAGACGAAGAAGGAGUCAAAGCUUUUCUUCAUCAUCUUUGCUCUACCAAUGAAGCUUUUGCUUUGCUUCAGUUUAAGCAACCCUUUAAAAUCUCCGACGUCAACUUUUAUUGGUGUGGUACGUCUUUUAUCCCGAAAACAACAUCUUGGAAUGAGAGUAGGGAUUGUUGCACUUGGGAUGGACAGCCUCUUUCAACUCCAUCAUCUUCAGAGAAUUAACUUUGCUUUCAAUAAGUUCAGUUCUUCUUCAAUCCCAAGUGACAUUGGCUGCUUGAGGAAUUUGAGGCAUCUCAACCUUUCUAACUCUUACUUUGAUGUACAUGGAUAUUACAGAAACCAAUUUGCAAGGUGUUCUGACAGAGAGCUUCUUCUUCUGUCAAACUUGGAAAGGCUCAAAUUGGGUUCGAAUUUUCUUCUCAAAGGAAAUUUACCAAAGAUCCGCCCUAGCAACACUCUGUUGGAGUUGAAUAUUUCAUACAAAGGCAUCUCUAGUGAGCAACCUGAUUCAAUUGGCACCUUGAGUUCUCUGAUCCCUAAUUCCAUUGGCAACCUAACCCAAAUUAGGAAGUUAGAUUUAGGUUAUAAUCAUUUCACUGGCCAAAUUCCUAGUUCCAUUGGCAACCUAACCCAACUUAGGGAGUUAUAUUUACAUGGUAAUCAUUUCAGUGGCGAGAUUCCUAAUUCCAUUGGCAACCUAACCCAAAUUAGGGAGUUAGAUUUAGGGUCAGUUACCUUCUUCUAUCUUGAAUCAGUUCCACAUUGCUUGGGAAGCAUGGUUGGGCUAGGGGAUCUUGAUUUGAGGAAGAAUAAUUUCAGUAGGAGUCUUCCACCAUUAUAUAGGCAGAGCACUUCAUUGACGAACAUUGUCUUGAAUGGUAAUCAUUUUGAAGGACCUCUCCCUGUGUCGUCGCUCAACUGUAUUGGUUUAGAAGUCCUUGAUAUGGGAAAUAACGCUAUAGAUGACACAUUUCCAGCUUGGCUUGGAACUCUUGAAGAGCUACAAGUUCUUAUAUUAAAGUCGAACACGUUCCAUGGACCUAUAAGUACUAGGCAGAAGUUUUGCUUUCCCAAGUUGCUGAUUUUCGAUCUCUCUCAUAAUGAGUUCAGUGGCUCACUGCCUUCAGGAGUUUUUCGAAACUUCAAAGCAAUGACAAAAUGUAACACUACAUAA